GCUGGGCCGAUCACGGGCAUCGUGAUGGCGGCGCGGGCAAGGCGGCGGGCUGUCGUCACGCUGGCGGGAGGCGUCUCGAUCGUGGCCUUCAUCUUGGAGGACUGGCGCUGGGCCGACUUCGCUGCAAAGUGGCGCGGGUCCCACGCUCGGACUCUAGCGCGCGUCCCUGGCAGUGGUGCUCCCCGCAGCUGGUUCUCAGUGACCGAGACCGCGAAGGAGAUGCCCAACCCCCAGAUCGGCCGCCCGGUGCGUCUCCUGGCUGAUGCGCGAGGGGGGCCAGUCCAGCACCGCGAGAGUUGGAAGGCGAGGAAGCGGUUCAGAACUUCAGAUUACGUGGUGUCCGAGCAUCGCGCCCUCAGCGUGGUGCUCGAGGAUCUGGCGACCAUUGAUGAGGUCAGCGUGGCGAACCUCGUGGGUGUAGAGCGGUUGGUUAGGAAGAUGCAGCUCAUCGAGCAUUUCUGGGAAGAGAAGCAGAGGGGGCAUGACACGGCCCAGCAGCGGCUGCCGCAGGAGGAGAUCAGCGCUCUCAUGGGCGGCACGGGCGCCACCAGCCGCCCGGGCAGCAUGGUCUGCCCCGCCCUGCUGGGCGUAGUCAGGAAGGAGCUGGAGCGUGUCAGCCAGCUCAAAAAGAAUGCCCGCGAGCUGUGGGAAGAAGCGAAGGCUGCCUCCGGGGCCGAGGUCGAGGAUGUGCGCGGCAGGCGCGGCGGCGUGGGCGCGGAGCGGCAGCGGGCGCGCGCGGCGGGCGCCUUCUGCGCCGCAGGCGGUGGAGUCGCUCAGCGGCUUCAGCGGCGCUGCCUGGCGCGGCUGGCCGAGUCCGUCGCCCAGCUGGGCCCUCCGCCAGGCAACCUUCAGCCUUCGGCAGCCCUGCGGGAGCUCCAAUCUGCUCUCUCUUACGACGGCUCGCUGUCGACCAAGACGGAGGCGAUGCGCGUGUCCCGGCUCUCGUUGCCACUUUCAGGCAAUCGCCCCGCGGCGCUGGAGCGGCCGCUGGAGUCCGAG